AUGCCCUUCGUAGCCAACACACCAGAGUCCCUCGUCAAGCGGACCGACUCCAAGAACCCCUCCACCACCUGUCGAGGCAUCACCUCCAGCGGACGACCAUGCAGGAAUGCCCUCGCGCCGUCUGACAAGCCUGCGCCCAAGCCCAAGUCGCGGAAGAAGGCACGCGCUCUCCCCGACCCUUCCGACCCGGAGAGCUACUGUUGGCGGCACAAAGACCAAGCAACUUCCAGCCCAGGGCCGCAGGCCAACGGGCCGAUCCCCGAAGGGCGGACGAGCGUAGACACCUUGACUGGCCGGCUUGGCCUCUUGUCGACGAACACGUCCCGUCCCGAGAAGCCUUCCCGUCCGCAUAACAGCUCUGGCUCCUCCGGGCGGCCCGAGAAGCCCUCCAAGGAGCUGUCCUUCUGCUGCUUCCGCAUUCCUCUCGACUUCAUCGAGGAAGAGCCGUCGCCACCGCCUCGACCUCACUCCUACCCCGUGCAGCCGUCCGGGUCUCCGAAGCCUCAGAAGCCUUCAUCGAACCAGUAUCUCGGACCUACUUCCGCCAAACCAUCGAAAUCAAGCCGGCCGAGUCUGGCCAGUCAGACACCCUCAGGUGGUUCUCAGACUUCGCAAUACCUUUCGCUCAUCCCACAAGAUGCCCCACCACAGACGGCGUCUCAGUUGAUGGGCGAGCUUGCCAAGCCUCUGUCCCAGAGAGACGAAGCGGGCUACAUCUACAUCUUCUGGCUGCAACCCGAGUCGGAGCUCUCCUCGCCUCCCACGCAGAAGGCCCGUUCUUUCCUCGACGAGACUGCCCGCGCGCUGCCCGACACGGAGACAAACACCCGCUCGAUUCUGGACCCAUCCGUCCCGGCGCGUCCCACCGGCCACGAGCGGAGACCUAGCGACAUCCUCCGCUCCUUCGCGGACCAGGCCGACUCGAUCGGCACGCGCAGCCCCACGACGACCCGCAGCCGCGGGCUCAGCAGCGGCGACGACAAGAAGACGCUGCUGCUCAAGAUCGGGCGCGCCAACAACGUCCAGCGGCGCAUGAACGAGUGGAAGCGGCAGUGCGGCUACGACCUGUCGCUCAUCCGCUACUACCCCUACGUCCAGACCGGCUCCGUCGUGGAGCCCAGGAAGAUGCCGCACAGCCACAAGGUCGAGAAGCUGAUCCACAUGGAGCUCGAGGGCCUCGGCCUGCGCGUCGCCUCUAGGGGCCCGUGUGAGGCUUGCGGGAGGGAACACAAGGAGUGGUUCGAGGUGGAUGCCUCUAAGAAUGGUGUCAUGAGGGUCGACGAGGCUAUCAAGAGGUGGAGCGACUGGGAUGAGGGCCGGACAUCUUGA